AUGUCUGAUAAACCCGAUACGGCCAAGAUCGAGAAAUUCGGUAAGUCGAGAUUGAAGAAGACAGAAACACAAGAGAAAAAUCCACUGCCUUCCAAAGAAAGGAUUGAACAGGAGAAGCAAGUGGGCAAAUCGUAA